GGCUGAGGAACCGAAAGACAAACGCUCAAAGGGUUUAGAGUAGAGGACCACUUUGCGACCCACAAGGGUUGUUGUUUUCCCUCACGCACUAUUUGUUUGCGCUCCUGUGCGCGCAAGUACUGCUUAAUGAUCCAGCGCACUCCACCGGAGGGCAUUUGGGACUUAUCCGACUUCGCUUGUUGCUGCUGGAGAUCCGCUCGGACAGAGAGCACAACAGGGAUUCGCUAAACUGGAGGCAGUUGUUUCAUUAACUCAGAAUCACUCCGAUGGAAUGAGCUGCAGCAGAGACUCCUCUGCUCUUGUGAAGAACUUUUCUGUUCGCCCCUUUGCGUUUCUGCUAUAGUUUUACGCUCCAGUCAUGUACGGAUAGCGGAUGGUUCACUCAAGAAUCCGGCUCAACUAGAUCAGCGCGGACGGGUUUAUGGAGCCGGGAUUACACUGCGUUGUGCCAGCCCGUUAGACGCCCACACACGGGCCUUUCACACUUAAUCUGCCUCGGAAUAAAUAUCACUCUCCAGCGUGGACACUGUUGAUGGAAGUGGUGCAGGGUUUACUUAUGACACUGCUUUGAGUUUGAGCGUUUAUGGCAGCCAUAACCAUGGCCAACUCGGGCACAUUGCUGCAGGCCGUCUCCAGAUCUGUUUGGCCUCUCGGCUGCGUGCUUUUGUUUUUUGGUUGCUUCUCUGUGGCUUCGCCGUCUCAUGGUCGACGGGUGGUAUGCUGGCACGCCAUCAUGAACUGUCAAGCCGAGUCCGAAUGCAAUUACGCAUACGAACACUACAUUCGCGCAUGCGGCCCAGUGCUUAACGGAGAGAAGAAGAAGUGUCCCAGCCACUGCAUCUCUUCACUUAUCCAGCUGAAUCUGACUAAAAACGGUCCGCCUCUCGAGGACUGUAGCUGUGGCCAAGACUUGUUUUGCGCAAAUACCAAACGGGCCAUCGAGCCCUGCCUGCCCAGGACUACCAGCACAGGCUGCACAGAAGCCCGGCACCAGUGCGAGAGAGACCCGCAGUGCAAUUCCGCGAUGCACGAUUAUUUGAAACAUUGUGGGAAACUUUUCAGUGGGGCGAUCUGCACGAACGCUUGCCGGAAUGUGAUCGCCAACAUGCGUAAAAUACCCAAGGGUCAGCAGCUGGACACUUGUAUGUGUGACGGAACGGAAAGAACCAUCUGUGAGUUUGUCAAGAACAGCAUGAAGACGCUGUGCUUCGAAGAUCCAUAUAUGAAUGAAGCCAGUGGUUCCGACGAAGAGGACUAUGAAACUGGUGAUGAUGAGGAACUAGUUGAACUGGACAGCGGAGCCUCUCACCCUGCGGCCUGCUGUGUUUUGACCCUGCUGGCAUCCAUUUUGGCUGUGAUGCCCCUCUUUUAAUCUAAAGCUGCCAUGGCUAUUGUCAGUAGCCAUGAAGCCAAUUUAAACUUUUGUCACUAAUUGAUCUGCAACUAUUGUGUGUUAGAGCCUCCGAGACUAAAGUAAAGUUUUUUUUUUUUUUUUUUUUUUUUAGAAACUAUUUUCUUUAAGAACCCUGAAGGAUAUUUCUAUGCAAAUAGAACCAGAAAGAUGUAAAUGAUCUCAACUCUGGGCUGCUCACUUAUCAAAACACACAAGGCUCUGCAGAUGCUUUGCUUAUGAGAUAAGCUAAAUAGGAUUCCCUACUCUCUCCGUCAAAGACUCUGAUAGUAAAGUUAUGACAGAGACACAGUUGGCUUGUUUUGGUAACAAUGCAACUUUUAAUCAGUAUAAUCAGCUGUGCACUGCCGAUCCUGUUUGUCCCCCUCCCUCUUCUUUAAAGUAUGAACUAUUUUUGUAUGACAGACAGUUGCCAUUUGGCACCAGGAUAUCUGAUUUACAAGUAUUUAAUUUUGGAAUCAAUAAACUUGUAAAUAGAUUAGGAGUUAAAGU